CAACCAAAUCCGGCCGCCCAUCAUUCUCCUUUGUUUUGGGUUGCGUUUUAUCGUAUUUUUUAAUUUAAAAGAUAUAUUAUUUAGAUUUAUUUAUAUUUUAAUUCUGAAGACUUAAGUUAACUAUUUAACCGGAGCUCCGUCAUGAUUCAAUUAAACUCUCCGACAGAGGAGGAUGAGACAAGAGUCAUUGAAGCAAAUUCAUUGGAGGACCCGUUACAAUUGGAACUAUUGAAUAAUUACAGUUCACUGACUUACAGAGAUGGUUCCACGGCUACUCUGAAGCAUUUCAAGGCUCAAAAUUUGUCUCCAGUUCAGUUCAAGUGGAUUAUGGGUUUAAUGGAAAGAAAUAUGAAGAAAAUGUACAAACGGAGUCAAGGUGGGUGGAAGGAACGCAAGAAAAGAAAAGAAAUGACGCAGGAAACUUCGCGUUACCUGGUCGCAUAUGUGAAUGAGAAACCUGUCGCGUUUACACAUUUCCAGUUUGACAUGGAUUACGGGCGUCAGGUUUUGUAUUGCUAUGAAAUUCAGUUGGAGACAACGGUUCGACGAUUUGGCCUUGGGAAGCAUAUUAUGAAAACGUUAGAGGAAAUAGCGACCGCCACCAAAUUGUCCAUGGUUGUUCUAACCGUUUUUAAGCAUAACCUGAACGCACUUGCUUUCUUUAAAAGCAUAAGAUAUGACAUUGACGAAACCUGUCCUGAGGACGAAGAGGAAAAAGAUUAUGUUAUAAUGUCCAAGCGAACUUUGUAAAUCUUUGUCAACCUUUGACCUACUUACAAGCAAUUCUUGCAUUCUUGAAUAUCUGAAUAGAGUUCAGUUCUUGGGUUCCAAAUUCCACGUAGUGUAGUAGACACUUAUACGAUGCAUAUGGUGAAUGUAUUUAUAUGAAUACAUAUACAUACAUACAUAUAUAUUUAUACUAACUUGGAAGAAGCAGACCAAUGAAUAUUUAUGAAUGAUCUCACGCUUUCCUUGUGAUAAUAGUUCAUACACAUGAUCAAAGUAUUGAAUUACACAAUUUACGCCUGUCUGGCUUUGAAAUUUGA